AAACGACACAGAUGUAUCACUUUUUUCAACAUCGUCAUCAGUCAUCAAGUCAUCACACACGAACCAAAAGGAGUAAAGCUGGUAAUGGAAAACGAGAGUGAAUGUAUCGGUGGAAGACGAGGACCAGCUGAUACUAUGGAUCACCAUGCUACAGACAUGGAAAUGGAGACUGAACCGGCGACUGCGCCCUCCUCGAAGCCAGAGCUGAUAAACAGCAACCAGAGCUUGAGGGGUCUACUUGCAUUGGCUCGCCAGCUCAUCAAUGAGGGAAACCCUUCCCUAUCUCUCCAAGCGGUUUUGUUGGCAGUGAGAUCUACUGGUGGGGAGGAGGCUGUGUUUCAAACUCUACAUCGUGCUCGUGAACUGUACAGAAAUAAAUUGCAAGCAAAUGCUGCUGUUGAUGAACUGGCUUCCUUAUUUGCUGAAUGUGCAAUUGCUGCACAGCCAUUGGAAUCGAAACCAUCAGACUUGAUAGAGCCGUCCAUGAUGCCAGAGGCACAUACAAACUCUAUUCUUGCAAAAACAGGUAGGGAGCAAAUUGUGUUAGAUGCCUUCUCAGAUGGGAGCAGCUUCAUUUGCUUGCAGUGUGGGGGUCUUGUGAGUAACCAUCGCAGAGAGGAACACCUUGCAUAUUGGUGUUGUCAAAUCUGAUCCCAGAAUUGCAUUUACACCUGUUUGUUUUUAUGCAUGAUGAGAUGAGCACCACCAUGUACCAUGCAAAUUGGUGAUGCCAUUUUUGACCAUGCAUGCUAAGGUCGCGUAUGUACACGUUUCUGCAUAAAUGGAAAAUUUGUUCAAACAA